AUGCAACAAGAUUUAAUUUAUGAUUUGUUGAUUGUUGGUUCGGGCAUUGCCGGAGCUUCUCUCUUUCAUCAGGCUACACGUGAUGGUGCAAGUUUCGGGAGAGUUUUAUUGUUGGAACAAUUUGAAUUGAUGCAUUCGAAGGGAUCAUCACAUGGUGAAUCAAGAAUUAUUAGAGUUGCCUAUGAUGAUUAUCAUUAUUCAUUGAUGGCUACAAAGGCUUUGGAAAUGUGGCCUUCUGUUAAAGAUUUUGAAAAUUUCUUUGUGAAAACUGGUGGAUUGGAUAUUGGUCAAUUGGAUGAUGAAAAUGUCAAUAAGGUUGCUAAAGUUUCUAAAGAAAGAGGAAUUGAACAUGAAGUUUUAAUUGGUGCACAAUUGAGACAAAAAUUCCCACAAUUUACUGGACUUCCUGAUGAUACCCUUGCCGUGUAUUCACCAGAAGCUGGUAUUUUGAAUCCAAACAAGAUUAGAACUGUCUUGUUGAGUGAUUACGAUCAUGAAAAACAUUCAAUUGUUGAAAAGGAAAGAGUUGAAAGUAUUAUUGAAGGAGAGGAUGAUAUUAUCACUGUUGUAACUUCAAGUGGAAAGAGAUUCCAAACUAGAAAAUUGUCCAUUUGUGUUGGUGCCUAUUCAAAGAAAUUCCUUAAACAACACUUUGAUUUGGACAUUAAAUUUGAAGUAUUGAGAAUGUGUUAUGUUUAUUGGAAGCUCACUGAAAAGGCAGUCCAAGAAAAUGUUCUCACUGCUGCAAAUUCACCAAUUUGGAUUGCUUGGGGAUUAGAUCCAUUCUCUGAUAGACCAUUAGAUCUUGCUUACUAUGGUUUCCCAGAAUGGGAAAAGAAGGGUUAUAUCAAAUCUGCCACUCACAAGGUAUUUGGAGAUUUGGAAAGAGGUUUUGAUCCAGACGAAAGAGCUCAACAAAUUGAUUCAAAUCAAGAACGUCCAGUUGAAAAGGAAAAGCUCCAAGCCAUGCAAACCUAUCUCAAGAAGGUUAUUCCAGAAGGACUUGUUAAAUUGGACGAAAGUUAUGAAGAAUUAAUCAAUGAAAAGGAUCGUGUCGUUACCUGCAUGUAUGAAAUGACACCAACUGAAGAUUUUGUCAUUGAUUACAUUCCAACAAAGAGUGGUAAGAAGAAUAUUUCAACCUUCUUGGGUGGUUCGGGUCAUGGCUUCAAAUUUGGCAUUGUCGUUGGUGAAAUGUUGAAUGAAUUGAUGAAAAAGGAAGUCUCUAUUGAUUCCUCAUUCGAAGUUUGUUCUGUUCCUCGUGAAAAAUUCUCAAUCAAUCACAUUCUUUAA